UCUCUCUCUUUUUUUCUUUCUUUCUCUGUUUAAUGUGUAAUCUCUAAGAAUACUUUUCAUUAUUAAUUAUAAAUUUAUUCUUCAUCUUGUAGAACAAUAUCUUCUUCCUUAAUAAUAAUUUUUUUUUUUCACUUUCACUCUGUUUUUAGCUUAUUAAUUCCUGCUCCAUCACUACUCACUCACUCCUCCUACAAUUUCGUUACUCAAUUUUUAUUAUAUUUUUUGUAAAGAACACCAAAUCCACCAAAACCUUACUUCCUUAAAUCCCUUCAAUUCUAUUCUCAUUUCCAUAUUUAUUUAUAUACUUUGGCAUUGUAAACAAAAAGAAACAUUCAUUAGGCAAAAAUAAUGACGACUGACAUCGAUUUAGAACAAGGAGGAGCUUUUGGAUAUCACCGGAGGUCGUUGGACGGAAGUGACGUCAGCGUAUAUUAUUCAGACGGUGAAGAUGUGAUGUCAUGCUACUCUUACUUCUAUUCGACGACUGGAGGAUCGUAUGAAUACGAAGGAGAUCAGUCGAGGAAAGUGUCGUCGGUGAUGAGUCCCUCGUCGUCGGAGAUAGAUGAUGAUGAUGCUACGGCGCCGCCGGAGAAAGAUUGUCGGAUAUGUCAUUUGGGAGUGGAAACGAGCGGUGGAGGUGCGAUUGAAUUAGGGUGUUCUUGUAAAGACGAUUUGGCUGUUGCUCAUAGACAAUGCGCUGAGACUUGGUUCAAGAUCAAAGGCGACAAAACCUGCGAGAUUUGCCAAUCGGUAGCCCGGAACGUCGGCGGUGCGAACGAAAUGGUUGGGUCAACGAUGGAAGAGAGGGAGUUGAGAAACGGUGAGGAAACAGCGGCGGGAGAAGGCGGAGGAGCAACGGUGGUGGAGAACAGAUGGCAACCACAGAGAGUGGUGAAUUUGGUGUUAGCUUGUAUGGUUUUUGGGUUCUUUAUAUCAUGGAUCUUUCAUUUCCAUGUUUCCUCUUCUUCUUGAACCCAUAAUAAUACUUACGGUAUUGCAAUCAAACUACACACUUUACUUUAAAGGAUGCUUAAAGCUUUAGAGACAACAUCGUCUCAUUAAAGCCCAAAACGGUUCCUAGUAACAAUAUUGAAAUAAAUAAAACCAACUUGAUGCAACAAGGAUGAUUACUUGGGGAAUAAGGAACUGGACAAUGUACUACGAGUCUACGAAUAGCAUUUGCCUCAACUUCUCUCUAUCAUUGAUCUUCUUU